AUGGCCGCAUAUAACGUGGCUCAGGACAGAAAAAGCCGUAAGGAGCAGUUUGAUAGGCUUAUACACUACUUUUCUGGUAAUUUUAUAGUUGUUAGAACGUUAUCCCAUGCAAAGGAAAAGAUAAGUGGAUUAUUUCAACCAGUGGAUGUGUUAUCUUCAAUAUUGCUGAAAGAUGAAAACUCCAGUGGAUUCACGUUUGAAGAUUAUGAACAUCUCACAAAGCUGAAGGAAAAUGAUUUCGAUUAUCAUCUACUUGAGGCUCUGGUGGCUAAUGAACCCAAAGAGGACGACCUAGAGUCUGAUGCACCAAUUACCAGAUGGUUUAUAGAAUGGUCAGUUCAACUUGUAAAGUUGGUCAGAGUAUCACGCCAUGUUCAGUAUGAUGUGCCUUUGGAAACCACUGGUCUAUUUCUAAUCGCACACCCUGAUGAUAGCGAAGUAGUUUCCUCUAUUCUGCAGAAUGCUCCGACAUUUCCUAUCGCUCUCUUAUUCAUUGGAGAUUCUUUAGACCCUGAAAAACUUAAGGAAAUACAAGCCAAUGCUUCAAAAUCUCUAAUAUUAGACACUAGUGAAUGUUCUGAUGUAGAUGCCCUUUGUCAAAAUGGUUCUAAAUUACACGAAUUCACGAUAGAUUUUGUAAAACAUUGUCUUGAAAAGCUCAAUUACACCCAUUCCGAUGUAGAAAAGAUUAAAAAGAAAACUUCCAAAAGUCCCCAAUCAGAUGAAUCAACUAGGAGAACUCUAUAUAUUUUAAUGUCUGAAGAAUUACAUCAUGGGCUCCAGACAGUUACCAGCAACAUGUGUCGCACAUAUACCGACCAUGAUAUACAAGCACUAGCUCAUGUUUAUUCUGGAAUAUUACAGUACAAGAGAAUGAAACAGCAAAUUAAAGGUGAAAGUCAUCAUGGAGAUUUAGAUAACAUCAUUUUUGAUUUUGACAAGGCGGCUUCUCUCUAUCUUAAAUUUGGUAAAAAGUGGGAAUCUCUGCUUAUUUCCAUAUUUUCCUUGUUUGUUGAAGACGAUACAGAAGUAACCAAAUUUGCAACUAAAAAUGCGUCUUUUGAAUUGAAAACAAAAUCCGAUCAUGCGAGGUCUGCUCUAUCUCUAGAACUUUGUUCGCUUCAUUCUGAAAAGAAGAGGAAACGAAUGUUUCAGAUGGUGAUGGCUGGACAUAUGUACAAUCAAGCGGGACUUUAUAAUCUCUCUAAAAGAUGUUAUUUAUUGGCUGUGCCAGAAUAUGAGGAAAAGGGAUGGAAUGUUUCCUAUGAGCAUUUGUUUGGUGCUCUUGGAAGAUACAAUGCUCAGUACUUUGUAAAUGCCCUGAAUGGUCUUUCAAAUGUUUGUGAAUCAAAACUGUUUGCAAACUACGAACAUUUUGGUGACAUACAGUCGGUAGAAUCUUUAAAAUCGCAACAAUAUGCCGGAGACAGAGAAAUAUCAUACCUUAGACGUCUAAUGAAAGUAUCUUUUAUGGUAUCAUCUGGGAAAUCAAAGACAAAGUUAAGAAUAUCAUCAAGCUCUAGUGCUUUUCCAGGCCUUACAAUUGAAGGGUCAAUUGUACCAUCAAUUGAGCAAAAUGGUUCAUUGCCUUUCCCUGUUCGUGUUCCCCUGAUUUUACUCAAAAGCAGAGAGGGUGUUCCGGGAAGAAACUGUUUCUUACUCUCUUUCAAACUGCUUCGAGUAUUAGGUAACCCAAAAGAUCAUGACUAUACUAGCUACAAUGAACGUUAUCUUGAAGAAGAAUAUAUGAACAAAUGUAUAGAAAAACUAGCAUCAGAGCAUGAAGAAUGGAAGCUCUGUCUAGACUUUACACGCUCACUAGAUAGAGCAAGCUUCAAAAGAAGUACGAAACAAAACACUUUACCACGUACAAUUAGGAAGGAUUCGCCCAUUUUACUACAAUUGGAGUUUGUAAAUCCUCUACAUAUUCCGCUACAUUGUGAUGAGUUUUACAUUUUGAUAGGCUCUGAAUCAGAAAGUUGGUGGGAAAAAGUACAAGUUUUAUCAUAUUCUUCGGAUGACUCUCUCAAAGAAUAUGCGUUUGUCUAUCUCAAAGAGCUUGAAAAGCAAAUUCUUUAUAUGCAAUUCAAAAUCUCAAGGUGUGGAUCUUUUGUAAUAAAGGGUGUACGAUGGAAACUUUUUAGUAGUGCCAACUUUUGGGUACCAUUGUAUCUUUCUGGUGGAAAAGUUACGAUAAAGACAGAUACCACUGUCUUAAAAUCACAGCCACUUUGCGACUAUUUGAAUGGUAGAAGAAAAAAUUAUGGACUACAUUUCAAAAUAUCGGAAAAGCAACCCAUAGUAUCUGUAGAAUUCUAUAGAAGAAAUCCAUCUGAUUAUUUUACGAGUUUUGAUAAACGGGAAGAUUUUGAUAUAUAUGACAAGGAAUUUUUAAAGGCUAUAAAAUUGUCCGAGGGUAAAGAAUUUUGUGAAGCCCUGGACUCUGAGCAACUUGUCAGAACUAAUGAUCCUCUUGAAGAGUAUGACCCGUUAUUAUGUAUAGUAAGGUGUAUAUCUGGGGAAUUUGUCUUUACGGAACUCAAUAUUAAAAAUAAAGGAUCUUAUCCUAUAUCCACAAUCACAAUUAAAAUGACAAGUGUUGGAAUCUUCAAAUUACCAAUGUACCCUAUCGGAUUCAGAAUAGUAUCCAAUAACGCAAAAUCGCUAUGGAAUGUCACACAGGGACAUACAAUUAAGAUUAGAGAAAAUGUUCUUGAUGAAAAAACAUUUGAUGUAGUAAUAUCCGGAGAUGGCCCACUCCUUAAUCCUGAUGAAACGGCUUCAGUGUUUUUCUUUAUGAUUCCCAAUCUGGUUGGAGAUUCUGACAUAUGUUGUGUUAGUGGGCACGUGUCUAUAACAUCUGAAGGAGAUAAUGUGGAAACUAUUGUUGUAUUUAAACAGUUUUAUCUUUUGAGUGACGGAGUUGUUGUGCUUGCAAACGCUGACCAUCCAUUAUCUAAAGUUAUAAAGUGUAAUAUUAAAAAUCAUUCUGAUAAGGAUAUAACUAGUCUGACUUUCUACAAUGAUGAUAAAAUUUUAGAACCAGUCAUUUCACCUGUACGAGUACUCAACACAAAAUUAGAUAUAGAGAAAACCAUUGUCAUCAAAAAGAAAACAUCAACAAGUACGUUAUUACCAUAUAAUGAUAAAUUCACCUCCUUUGUUGUAAAAUGGAACUCUGGUAAUGUAUUCGGCUUUGAAUACCCAGCAAUCAGUAUUCCAACAUACGCCAAACUUGUUGUAGAUGUAAAAGCAGAUCUAAAUGUCAUACAGUGGGAAGGAAAACCACUAGUUGUAAACAUAAAUUUUGGAAUCACAAAUAUAUCAAAAGAGGCUUUCGAAUCAUGCUAUGCAAAGGUUCCGCUUUUCAACACCAGAGAAGACUGCCACAAAUGGUUCUUUGUAGGAACAACAAAGAGGAAAAUACCAGCAACUCAACCAGGGGAAACACAAAAUAUCGCAUUCUCUGCCUUAAUACCACUACCAGGGGUCUACAUAUUUACAGCAUCAGACCUUUCAUUCACUGGAACCAUACAACCCGUUACUAUACCAAGCCGACAACAGACUAUUGUCGUAAAUAAUUAA